UGAAUCCUCUUCUUCUACUUUCUCAAAUCUCAACCAUUCUUCUCUCAACAAAAUUCAAAAAACCCCUAAUUACUGUUUUCUCUCCUUUACAGCUAUGGAGGUUCCGGUGAUUAAUAGAAUAAGAGAUUUCGAAGUCGGUAUAAACUCCAUUAACGAUCCUUCGUUUCUCUCUAGAUCCGUCGCUGUUUCCGGAUUCGGAAAGCUACACCAAGCUUACGGUUUCUGGAAAUGGGGAGCUUUGAUUAUCGCUUUCUUAGCUUAUUUCACAAAUUUCGUCGCUAGAAUCAAGAGUUUAGUUUCUAGGUUAAGAAAAAUAGAUGUCUCGAUAACUUCCCCGACUCUUUUCGAUGAUUUCGAUAGCGAUUCCGAUAUUUCGUGUUCUUCGUCGCUGGCUUCUUCAGAUGACGAAGACGAGGAAGACGAAGAAGACGAGGAUGAAGAAGAAGAUGUUGACUCGAUCUAUAACCGGGGAAUGGUCAACGGAGGUUUCCGCGUGAAAGGAUCAGAUUAUUACAAUGAGGGGCAAAACGGGAAUUUCACAUGUUUCGGUGGCAGUUUCGGAGAUCUGUUCUCGUGGCCGGAUCUCGCCGGGAUCGGAUCCAGCGGAGUCGUGAAGCUUUGGGAUCAUCUGGAUAUCGACGGCGACGGAGACGGCGACGAUGAUAGCCGGAAUGUGGUGUCGUCGUUUCUCAGGAAUUGCGGUUCUUCUUCGUCGUCGUUUUUUCUGACGGCGGAGAAGAAAGGAACCGACGGCGUUAAAGUCGAGGCGUGCGAUCCACGCGCCGGGUUUCGUAUGCCGGCGUUGCUGGCGGAGUGGAAACAGCCGGGGAGGUUGCUCGGGAAUAUAAUCGGAGUCGACGUCGGAGGCGUGGAGAAGAUCUACGUCAGGGAUGACGUCAGCGGGAAAAUCGCGGUGGGGGAUCUGAGGAGGUUUAACGGCGCGUUGACGGAAUCAGACGGUGAGACUUGGUGGGACGCUGACGUCGUUAUCGGGGGUGACGGUUUCGUUGACGAGAGGCGUUAAAUGAUUUUUUUUAAUGAGAUUUGUUGAUUGGGACGGUUGCGUCUAUAAAUGUAAGGACGGCGAAAGAUUCAACGCGAAAAUGUUGAAAACGCGAGAAGGACGAACAUUUUGUAAAUAAAUUUGUCUGUUUUUGCUUCUCUUCGUAAAUUUUUAUAUUUCGAAAUAUAAUUUCGAAUAAAUAAAACCAGCCUUUAGGCUGAGGUUAUUUAAUA